CGGAAACUGGACACCUUUCGCCUCGAUUAUUACAUCCUUCACAAGUCCACCUCUCUGCACGACGACCUCGCAAAGGAACCCUCUGAUCAGUCAUCGUCCUCGUCUACUGCACCUUAACCACCCUCAAUUCAUGUUCACGCGCAGUGUGUAGUCGGAUUCCCUUACUGGCGCCUUAAUAAUGGCUUCUCAGUCCUCCGCACCCUGUGUUUGACUUGAACCAUCGUCUUUGGACUUCCACCACACAUCGACAGCAUGGCUGGGAGGUUGAGGUUGAGAUGGACCGCGUACGCUGGGGUAUCAACUGCCCUUGCAGCAGGCGUCGUGGUCAAAGCCCUGGCUCAACGUCCCAACUUCUACUCUGCCGCCGUCUACCUUGCCCAGUCCUCCGCGAACUUGAUGAUCCUCACAAAUCUUCUAUUCGUCAUCGCCUCCACCUUAUUGCUCGGAUUACAGAAACUCCUCUAUGGCAACUUGCGUCCCAUCGAAGUGGAACAACUUUAUGAGAAGGCCUGGUUCGCCGUCACCGAAACAUGUCUGGCCAUGACUGUGUUCAGAGGCGAGAUCGGCCUCACCUUUCUUUCCAUGUUCUUUUCUUUACUUGCCGGUAAAGUCUGGGGCUGGAUUGGCGAGGGUCGUGUAGAACUGUUGGAACAACAACCUCCUAGAAAUCCACGACUCUUCCACACCCGGCUCGCUCUCAGUCUGGGCCUCAGUGUUGCCUUUGACAUGUCCAUGCUCGAAUAUGUGGUCAAACAGGUUGCGAGACAGGCUAAGCCGGAUAUGAUGGUCAUGUUUGGUUUCGAAUUCGGAGUCUUGUCCAUCACUAGUAUCAGCACGGCCGUCAGAUAUGCAAUCAAUCUGAUCGAGAUUGGUAUCGUCCGGGAACAAAAGCGGCAAAGAAUUGAGCAGAUCAAGAAAGAAAGAAUGCACGCUGCUGUUACGGAAUACCGAGAACACCUGGCUCAAGAAUCCAGCCCAUCUACCAGCACUCCUCCACAAGACGAACAAGCGACCCAACUCAGACCUUCCCCAACACGGCGCACACUCGAACAAGUGAUGCGAGACUCGCUCAAUGAGCCGGUCGACGACAACGAAGUCGAAGUUGAAGGCUGGGAAGAUAAAGGGCGUUAUGUCUUUUACCUCGAUCUUGCCACCGACUUUUUCAAACUGGUCAUCUACCUUGCCUUUUUCUUCAUUCUUCUUGUAUUUUAUGGCCUUCCAAUUCACAUCUUGCGCGAUGUCUUCCUCACCAUGCGAUCUUUCAUCAAACGAAUCUCGGAUUUUAUGAAGUACCGUACGGCAACCCGGGAUAUGAAUGAGCGAUAUCCCGAUGCAACCGCAGAAGAUAUCGGGAGAGAGGAUGUGUGUAUCAUAUGCAGGGAGGAGAUGAGACCAUACGAGCCACCUGUCAUUGAAGCCGGCGGUCCUCGGCCCCCGCCAAACCCCAUUGCUGAAAGAAUGAGACCAAAGAAGCUCCCUUGCGGACACGUCUUACACUUUUCUUGCCUGCGGAGUUGGUUGGAGCGGCAGCAGAUAUGUCCAACCUGUCGCGCAAAUGUCGUGCAAACUGGGCAGGGUGCCAACGGGAUUACCGGUGCUCGGGCGAAUGCCGGCGCGCCCGCCCAAGCCGCCGGUGGUCAAGGCCAGGCAGGACCCCAUCCGCCCGCCGCAAGACCUGGGCCUCGAGUGUAUCAAUUUGGUCCUCUCCGCAUUGGACUCGGUGCUGUCAGAGGUGGGAACAUGUUUGAAGAUCUUCAGCAACGACUUGCAGCGGGUGAUGCUGGUGGUGUCGCUGGUGCAGUCAGAGGGCCUCAGCCCCCAGCAGAUGUGGACCCUAAUGCACCACGUCAGUUUGGCUUGGGCGUUCGAUGGACUGGUGUUCGCAGAAGACGGCGAGACAAUCAAGAGUUGACCACUCGAGAGAGACUUGACGCUGUCGAGGCCCAGAUACGCCAGGAGAUCGAGACAUUGACACAGAGCGCCAAUGAGUUGACUGUUCUCCGCUCACUUCAAGCCGAGUUGGAAAGACUGAGGAAUCAGGCUCCAGGACAAGCAGCACCGAAUUUGCAAUCUGGACUCCCCCCUCCACCAGUCCAUCGAGCCCCAGCAACCCUCAUGGCUGAUGCACAACAGCCUCCGGUCGGAUCGGGAAGUGACAGAUUACCGCCAGGGGUCACUUUGCCAGAAGGCUGGACCAUGUUACCACUGCAAUCAGUCUCUCCCGGUCACCAGAUACAACAAGUCUCUGCAUUCUCAGUGCCCGCGACUUCCAUUCAACACUUUGGGUCGAACGGGCAGUUCCUUGGGACUAUGCCUGGACCUCUUCCUGGCUUCCCACAACUCCCUCAGUUUACGCCUGUCGGCCAAUUCCCUCCUCCGGUAUUGCCGCGGGCUGCUGGUGGCCCAACACCUCCAGCUGGGGCAGCCGUGGGAGUUUCUGGGCCUCUUCAUAAUAACGGACCUUCAGCAAGCGCACACAGCCGACCGUCCACGACAGUUACACAAGACACAACUAUCAACACAGAAAAUCCAUUGCUAGGUUCUUCGAGCUCUUUGCAGCAGCAUGAUCUGCAGCAACUCGACCAAUUGUUGGCAUCUCUUCCAAACGGAGCAGGUUCAGGGCAACCAGAGAUCCGAGCUGAUAUCUCAUCCACAGAAGAGGCUACACGACACUCCAAUGGAGAGUCGCAUCAAGAUCAACAACCUCAUUUAGCCGCUACCGAACCAGUGUCGAGCCUCCCCUUACCACAAUGGGGUGCCUCUAGCUCGUCUCACAACGCAGAUUCAAAUGGAAAUAGCGCACAGCAGAUGAAUGGAGAACAACAGGCUGAGAGCAGUUCAGCAGCAGACAAUUCUCCAGCAGACCCGAAAAAGAGACAUGCUACUGUGGAAGAUCUGGUGGAAGACCCAGAUUAAAAGUUGAUUUUCAAGGCAAAGCUGGCCUGUCCGUUGGAGGAUACCUAGCCAUCUGCGAUGUAGCAGAUUAGUACCUUCAACGUAAUUCUAUGAAAUUGGAUUCAUAAGAUGAGCAUGAGUGAUUCCAACAUGAUGCGAGACUGCCCGUACAAACAUGCCUGUCUCGACACUUGUCACGUGGCUUGAAUAGCUGUACCUGUAACAAUAUGAUUAGGUACUGUAAUUAGUAACUCAGGGUGCAGAGCCUGGAGUAAAGA